AUGGCCAAACCAACGGCCUCAUCACCGCCCGCCUCGUCUCCGGCACUCAAGCGGGCAACCCCCAGCACUCAGAACAUGCGAAGCCAGAAGUCAAUUCUGGGUUUCUUCCAGAAAUCUUCCCCAGCGACCCCUUCCAACAAGCGCACACAAGAACCGGCAUCGUCACCCGCACAGAGAGCCGCUGAGCAGCGUAGCACGGCCAAGCCUACACCGAAGGAACAAAAGCGGAGUUUCUCGAGCUUUGCGCAGGACCUGAGCCCUGUUCCCAGUAGUGAUCUUCCGGUACCAGAGGAUGAAGAAAAUGGUACUACUGUGAAGGCUACCAAAGAAAAGGAGGACUCAACCACGUCGCCUUCACGACGGGCACAAAAGAAGGUCAGCUACAAGGAGACUGAUUCCGAGGGCGAGGAUGACGAUGAGGUUAUCUUCCGGCCAAAUCGCAAAGACCGUGCCUCUGGUCGUGCGACCAAGAGGAGACGAACUGAGCCGGAAAGCGAUGAUGAAUUCGAAGGUGCGGGAGAUGUGGGAUACUCAGACGAUGAAAUGGACGAUUUCGUUGUUGCAGAUGACUCCGAUGAAGAGGCGCCUAAAUCGUCCAGCAAGCGGAAAAGACCCUCUACUCAAUCUUCGCGCAAGCCUACACCCAAAUCCUCCAUCUCUGCGCCUCCUCCACCCGUCGACGAUAUCGAUCUCGAUCUCCCCGAAGGAGGUGGCUCAGCUGGGACUGCGCAGAAAUGGGCUUUCGAUCCGGAAAACAAAGAGCCGCGUAAAGAGAGAGAUCCCGUGCAAUCAUCCAAGGCGACACCUAGCACGAGAAAGGAAAAGGCCCACACCAGGGAACCAGAACAACGGUACUCAUGGCUGGCUUCGCUGAAGGAUAUCGAUGGUAACCCUCAGGGCCACCCCGACUAUGACCCUCGGACGGUCUACAUUCCUCCGUUGGCAUGGUCCAGAUUCUCACCAUUCGAGAAGCAGUACUGGGAGAUCAAGCAGAAAUUCUGGGAUACUGUCGUUUUCUUCAAGAAGGGCAAGUUCUAUGAGCUCUACGAGAAUGAUGCGACCAUUGGCCACCAGCUGUUCGAUCUCAAGCUCACGGACAGGGUGAAUAUGCGUAUGGUCGGUGUUCCCGAGAUGAGUCUAGAUCACUGGGCAAACCAAUUCGUCGCGAAGGGCUACAAAAUCGCCCGUGUGGACCAAUCCGAAUCCGCUCUUGGCAAAGAGAUGCGUGAGAGAGAGGGCAAGAAGCCCACAAAAGAAGAUAAGAUCAUCAAGCGAGAACUUGCCUGUGUGCUUACUGCAGGCACGCUGGUAGAGGGCUCCAUGCUUACAGAUGAUAUGUCGACCUACUGUGUUGCGAUCAAGGAAGCUAUUGUAGACGAGCAUCCCGCGUUCGGAAUCUCUUUCGUUGAUACGGCGACUGGCCAAUUCUUCUUGUCGGAGUUUGUGGACGAUGUCGACAUGACCAAAUUCGAGACCUUCGUCGCGCAGACCCGCCCUCGGGAGUUGCUACUCGAGAAGUCUUGUGUCUCACAGAAGGCCAUGCGCAUUUUGAAGAACAACACUGGACCUACUACAAUUUGGAACUUCCUGAAACCUGGCAAGGAGUUCUGGGAAUCAGAGAUCAGCAUUCGGGAGCUCGAAUCGAGCAAGUACUUCGUUUCCGCGGAUGACGAUGACCUCACAGCCUGGCCGGAGACUCUCCGACAAGCCCGCGAGAAGGAGUUGCUGAUGUCUGCAUUCGGUGCUCUGGUUCAAUACUUGCGGGUCUUGAAGAUUGAGCGGGAUUUGAUUACUAUCGGCAACUUUGAGUGGUACGAUCCCAUCAAGAAGGCCUCGAGCCUUGUCUUGGAUGGCCAGACCCUGAUCAACAUGGAGAUCUUCGCCAACUCCUUUGACGGUGGCGCUGAGGGAACUCUCUUCCAGUUGCUCAACCGCUGUGUCACACCAUUUGGUAAGCGCAUGUUCAAGCAAUGGGUUUGCCACCCACUUGUCGAUGCAAAGAAGAUCAACGCGAGAUUGGACGCAGUCGAUGCAUUCAACGCCGACCCCAGUGUUCGCGACCAGUUCUCCGCCCAGUUGACAAAGAUGCCGGAUCUCGAACGAUUGAUUUCUCGUAUUCAUGCCGGAAACUGCAAGGCUCAAGACUUUGUCCGCGUUCUGGAGGGAUUCGAGCAGAUUGAUUAUACCAUCGGCCUCUUAAAAGAAAGCGGUGGUGUCUCCAGCGAAGGAAUUAUUGGUCAAUUGAUUGGUGCGAUGCCUGAUCUUGCCUCCCUGUUAUCAUACUGGAAGACUGCCUUUGAUCGAAGCAAGGCCAAGGAAAAUGGCAUCCUUGUUCCGGAAUCUGGCGUUGAAGCAGACUUCGAUAAUUCCCAGGCACAUAUUGAGCUAAUCCACGGGGAACUUGAUGAUUUGUUGAAAGACGCCCGCCGUGAGCUUGGCUCAUCUGCUAUCUGCUACCGGGACAAUGGUAAAGAAAUCUACCAGCUCGAAGUUCCACUGAAGGUGUCUGCCGUUCCCAAGACUUGGCAACAGAUGUCCGCGACCAAGCAGGUCAAGCGAUACUACUCCCCCGAACUCCGAAGUCUCAUUCGCAGGCUGCAAGAAGCCCAGGAGACGCACAGCCAGAUCGUCAAGGAGGUUGCUGGACGAUUCUAUGCCCGAUUCGACGAGCAUUACAACACAUGGUUAGCUGCUGUGAGAAUCAUCUCGCAACUGGACUGCUUGAUCAGUUUGGCCAAGGCUUCCAGCUCGAUGGGUCAUCCCAGCUGUCGACCAGUGUUCGUAGACGACGAGCGAAGUGUCCUCGAGUUCGACGAUCUCCGUCACCCGUGUCUUCUGUCCUCUGUUGAAGACUUUAUUCCCAACGACAUCCAGCUCGGUGGCAAGCAUGCCAAUAUCGACUUGUUGACCGGUGCCAACGCCGCUGGAAAGUCCACAGUCCUCCGAAUGGUUCGUUCACCCCUUCCCCCAUUUACUCUGGGUCCUUCACUAACAGCACACCAGACCUGCGUUGCCGUCAUCAUGGCUCAAAUCGGUUGUUACCUCCCCUGCCAGUCCGCCCGGCUAACCCCUGUCGACCGGAUCAUGUCCCGCCUCGGCGCAAACGACAAUAUCUUCGCCGCCCAGUCAACCUUCUUCGUCGAGCUCUCCGAAACCAAGAAAAUCCUCUCCGAGGCAACGCCCCGCUCACUCGUCAUCCUCGACGAACUCGGCCGUGGAACCAGCUCCUACGACGGCGUCGCCGUCGCCCAGGCCGUACUACACCAUAUCGCCACCCACAUCGGUGCUCUGGGCUUCUUCGCAACACACUACCACUCGCUCGCUGCUGAAUUCGAAAACCACCCCGAGAUCGCACCCAAGCGCAUGGCUAUCCACGUUGACGAUGCCGAGCGCCGUGUCGCCUUCUUGUAUAAGCUCGAGGACGGCGUUGCGGAGGGUAGCUUCGGUAUGCACUGCGCUUCUAUGUGUGGCAUUCCCAGUAAGGUCAUUGAAUGCGCUGAGGAUGCUGCUAAGCAGUGGGAACAUACGAGCCGGCUUAAGGAGAGCUUGGAGCGUCAGAAGGACGGUAGCUAUAUUGGUCUUGGCUGGUGGAGUGAUGUUGCCUGGGCACUGCGUGAGACUGUUAGUGAGGAAGAUUCGAAUACUGGUGAUGUUACGGAUCGUGGGCUGGAUGUCUUGAUGAAGGCUAUUGAGGCGCUUUAG